AUGGACUUUGAGUUGCGUGCUUGGGUCCAUGUCUCGGCCAGCAUGGACACGCGAAAGUUCCUGUUCGAGAUAUUGAAGCAAAUAGAGAAGUUGGCGAGGGAAAUGAAGGACAUGGGUAUCCAGGAGAUAAGGCAAAUGUUGUUCCAGAAAUUGGCCAAGACGAAGAGAUUCCUCAUAGUGUUGGAUGACGUGCAGCCGUCUGACGAGCCACUCUUGGAAGAGUUAGCGAUGAUCAUCCCAAUCUUUUCGCAGGGCCACAUGAUUCAUACGACUCGGGACGAAAGGAUAGCCACGUACAUGAAUACAUCCGCAGAAAAGCGGAUCAGGCUAAAAAAAUUGGGCAUUGAAGAAAGCCGGAAGAUGCUCGCUUGGAAGUUGCAUAGAGUACCCGAUGAUCAGAGACUCUCAAAUGAGGAGAAGGAUAUCCUAAACAUGUGUCGUGGCUUGCCGCUCCAUAUAUCCUUGCUCGGGGGGUUUAUGUCAAAUGCUGGAGAGCACGAACGUGCAAUGUUGGCUGAAGAGUGUUCUGAGUUAGAUAUACUACAAUUGAGUUGCCAUAAAUUGCCAGUACAUUUAAAACCAUGCUUCAUCUACAUGGCUUUAUUCCCCGUAGCAUUCCCCAUUCCAGCAAGAAGGAUAGUGAGGCUGUGGUUGGCUGAGGGCCUAUUGGAUUCGCAUUGUUGCGACAGAGAAAGGAAAACAACACCCGAGGAAGUGGGAGAGACUUAUAUCCUGGAGCUCGCAGAUAGGAAUGUGAUUGAUGUGGUGAGCUGGAGGGCGGAUGGAACCCCCAAAGCUUGCCAAAUGCUCACCUCUCUAUACGACAUGAUCUACCCGAUGGCGAUAAGCAUGGGGUUCCUUCACAUACAUGACACUAGCAAGUUGAAAGACAGGAAUGACUGCGACCCAACCAGCCGGCAACAACAGCUGUUGUACGCACUGCGAGAGAGAACCUAUAUUCGGUGGCUUGCGGAGCACACGAACAUGGUCAUAGACGACUACGGUGGCAGCUACCUCGAUUUGAAACUCGGCCACGUCCGCUCGUUUUUGUCGUUCUACUCGAGGAAAGGGAUGCUCACCAAAGACAUCAGCACGAUUCUUAGGAAGAUGACGUUUGAGACUGACUAUAGCUUGCUAAGGGUGCUUGAUUUGGAGUUUGUGUAUAAGCCAUCCUUGCAAGGCGUGCUCCACAAGCUGGUGCUCCUGAGGUACCUAGGAUUGAGAAACACGCUGUUGGCUUCGCUCCCAAGCGCCGUUGCAGAUCUGGACCAUCUCGAGACUCUUGACAUAAAGCACACCAAUAUCAUUUCGCUGCCGAGUUCCUUAUGGAAGGCGAGGAACUUGAGGCACCUGCAUCUUCACUGGUUCCACAUCGACUUGAAGAAUAUCCUCAAGGCUUGUCGCAACAAUGUCAAUGCCUUGACUCAACUCCAAACCUUAAGCGGGCUGGUUAUCGGUGAGGUCAAGGAGAACAUGAUGAGGGACCACGUGCACAACUUGACCACGCUCACCACGCUCAAGCUUUUCUUGCAACGCUCGGGUGGGGACACCUCAGGUGCUGCAGGAAAAGCAGUAGCCGAUUGGAUUAGCUCCAGGCUUACCAAUCUCCAGUCCUUGACCUUUGGGCUAAUCCAAGAAGCCAGGCCUGCUAAAGAAGCCGAGCCCGCGACAUCGCAGAUAGUCCUGUUACCGAAACUGUCGUUGGCCGAAAAACAUCACGACCUGUUGGAGCUCUACUUGCUGGGCCAAGUCAAAACACCCAUCUGGAGAGAGCUGUUGCCGGGCUCACUCAGGGUAUUGACUCUGUCGGGUUCGAAGGUGGAAAUAGACAUGAUGCCCGAGUUGGGUGGUCUCCUGACGAACCUGAGGACAUUUAGGCUGUUGGCCGAAUCUUUCCUCGGCACUUGUCUAAGGUUCACCAAAGAUGGGUUUCCGAGCCUCACGAUUUUGAAGAUUUGGAAGCUGCCUCGUCUUGAGAAGGUGAUUCUUGAGCAAGGAGCAAUGCUACAUCUCAAAGAACUCGAGUUUAGGCACCUCGAGAGGUUGGAAACUGUUGAAGGGAUCAACAAGUGCAAGGAAUUGGAGAACGUAAGUGUCAUAUCCCGAAGCGAUGCUCUUGUUGACCAACUCAAGGGAGUAAUAGGAGAGAAGACGAAUCUGCAUGUUGAAAAAAGGACACCAAGAGGCCCCGCCGCAAUUUACAGGACGACAGCCGACAGGUAUGGGACAAUAUUAAAUCUCAAAAAUGUUCUUUACGUAUGA